AUGCAUAGGAGAGUAUUGAAGAUCUUAAUCGUGCAAACACUUCAAGCUCUGAUAAAUGUACCAAAGGACCAGGGUGAGAAUGUGAAGCGCAAAGUAAGUGACAUCUGUAACUGUGUGGACUUCCCCGAAGGAUAUAUGGACAUGUCGCUCAUCUUAUUGACAAGAAGCAAGAUGCCAUCGGCAGCCGCUCGACCCUCGUCCAGUUCGCUUUCCGCACAGCGAGCGAUGCAGUUAGGAAGAAAGCAAAGGAAAGCGCAUUUCUGAAAGAGAGAACUUAGUUUUGGUGACGACCUGACUGCAGCAGACAAGGCUGCAAAGGCAAAGAUGUGGCAUCUCGUCCAACAGGCCCGAAAUCAAGGAAAGGGUGGAUACUACAGGGGAAUCUGA